UAUUCUGCCCACAGUCCUGCUCUAAAACUGGGCCAUUCUCAAAGGGCUGUUUACUGGUACUGACAGCUCGACAACUGUGCUAACAAAAGAAGGCGAUAUAUAGUUGUUGUUUUUUUUAUUUGUGGGUAUUUUUCUUAAGAACAUGAAGCCCACUGUGGUACUGCUGCUUGGGGUUGUUCUCUUGAUGAGGGGCACUUUUGCUGCAGAAGAAUCCUGUGAGCAGCGCUGUGGAUCCUUUAACCCUAAGACCAAAUGCCAGUGUGACUCCAUGUGUGUGUACUACGGGAGCUGCUGUCCUGACUACGAAUCCGUCUGCCCCAAAAAGGCACGAGGUGACACUUUUGCUGAAACUGAGGAUGUGACUGAGAUCACAACAACAGUGAAUGAAGUGUCUUUAGCUCCCACUCUGCCAUCCCCUAUUUCCACUCCUGGCUCUGCUGCGGUGAUCGUCGAAGAACUAGGUCCCACUGAGACCACGGACCCCAACGGAGCCACCUGCAGCGGGCAAGCUUUCGAUGCUUUCCUCCAGCUCAAAAAUGGCUCCAUCUAUGCAUUCAGAGGUGAAUAUUUCUUUGAGCUUGAUGACAAAUCCGUGCUUCCUGGUUAUCCCAAAUUAAUUGAAGAUGUUUGGGGAAUUCCUGGCCCCAUUGACGCUGCUUUUACAAGGAUCAACUGCCAGGGAAAAACCUAUAUAUUCAAGGGAAACAAGUAUUGGAGAUUUGAUGGGGACGUGCUGGACGAGGAUUACCCGAGGAACAUUACAGUCGGUUUUGAUGGGGUCCCGAGUGACAUGGACGCAGCCUUUGCUGUCCCUGCCCCGAGUCAUAGAGGGAAAGAGAAAGCCUAUUUCUUCAAAGAUGACAAGUAUUACCAGUACGAGUUCAAGCACCAGCCGACCCACGAGGAGUGUGUGGAGAUGACACGUUCAUCUCCCUCUGUGGUUUUCACACGCUACACCGAUCUGUUCUGUGACCACUCCUUCACAGACAUGUUCAGAGAGCUGUUUGGGGCCCCAUCUGGCAGCACUCCCAGCGGCCCACGCCUCAUCAGCCAGGACUGGGUAGGGCUGAGCUAUCCCGUGGACGCAGCCAUGGUGGGACGAGUCAAACUUACCCCCAAGCCCACCCUUCCCCCUGUGACUGUAGCCAAACGUCACAACUUCAGAAGGAGAAGACCCAACAAAAAACGAGGCUCACGAAGGACCCGUCAGGUGUCAUUUGAGGAUCUUUUUGAUGGCCUUUUUGAUGACCUCUUUGACUACGGAGAAUUUAUUGACUACACUGACUAUAGCCACAUGAGGCACACACAUCAACCAGAGCCGCAACAAGUCAAGACAACGCCAGUUCAGAAUGUCUACUUCUUCAAAAAAGAUAAAUACACCAGAGUUGAUCUAAAGAGGAAACGUGUGGACAGCGUGCUCCCUCCUUACCCACGUUCUAUUGCAAAAUACUGGCUUGGUUGUGAGAAUGAACAAGUUCCUGACAAUUCACGAGCAGAAAAAUAAAAGAGGCUUCAACUAAAAAGGACAAAUCUAAUUUACACAAGGCAACACCACCCUGAUCACAUCAAACUGAAAUUCUGUCUGAGGU